AUGUCGACCGUCUUCGCCUCCCUUGUGCGGCCGCCUAAGUUGCGACGCGCCUCCACAAACACGCAGCCCGCGAUCCAGCCUCCGCCUUCGAUCGAUAGCCAUGGCCUCGAUGAGCCUGAUCUUCGCGACCUCAAUGCCGCCCUGCAAGCGCUCACGGACAUCUUCCCAGACAUCCAACCUGAGGUCUUUCGAGAGAUGCUGUCUACCUUUAGUGAAGAGAGCAGGCUACAGGUAGUUACCGAAACUCUUCUGAAGCAUGGCGACAAAUAUGUGCGAGGGCGGUACAGGAUGCCAGCCGAGCAGGAAGAGCAGCGGGAGACGGCGCAAAAAUACAAAUAUCGGAAAGAAGAUGCUCCAAAGGACACCCGAGGCAUACCGCUUGCGGUAGAAGACAAGUUCCGGUCACGAAGAUACAAGGACGCUGCCAAAGAAGCACUAUACCAGGAAUUCAAAGGCCUGAGCCACUCGACUAUCAAGGCUGUCCUAGCCGAGUAUAAUUACAGCUAUACACAUGCACGACCCACGCUGCUGGAACUUUCGACUAGGAGUUGGAGGUCCAGUAUUACCAACUUUUUAAUGCGACGGAAGGCGCCGACCGCGAAUGACCAUCCGUUGGUCAUAUGGACUCCCGCCGACGAGAGGCUGAACCGCCCACCCAUGCCACUUCUUGUAAAGACAAGGAGCGACGAAUUGAACCAGGAGCUUUAUAAUGCUCUCAUAGUGCCGGAACAUGAGAAGCACCAGAAAGCGCAAUUACGGCAGGAUUUCGACUUGGCCAUGCAAUGGAACGAAGAGGAGGCUGAGCGAGAGGGCGAGAUGUACGAUUGCGAAUGCUGCUUUAUUCCCAAUACGCUCCAGCAAAUGUCGACAUGUGACAUCGACGGCCACUACAUCUGCUUCCGUUGCAUAAGACAUGCCAUCAACGCUGCACUCUACGAUCAGGGCUGGGCGCGCAACAUCAACACUGAUCUGUGUACCCUGAAAUGCAUAGCGCCCAUGACAAGUGGAUCCGAAGAGUGCCAUGGCUGCAUUCCCCUCAGCUUUGUCAGACGCGCGCUCUUGGAAGAGCAAGAUGGAAAGGAUAACCUCACCAAACUCAACGAGCGCUUCGCUAGCGAUGCGCUUACGAGAUCUCAGCUUCCACUUGUGCAAUGUCCUUUCUGCUCGUACGCUGAGUUGGAUGACCUUGCUCUUCCAGAUACCAAUCUCUUCGCCAGCCUCCGUUUCAAACCUCGCCCACUUGUACUUGCGUCCUUAGCAUCCGUCCCCUUAUUUGAAUUGCUCUGUUUCCAAGCUACACGGGCUAUUCUUUUCGCCCUCAUACUCAUCUAUACCUUCGUCACCAUUACAUUUCGCUUGCCUGUCAUCGCACCCUUCCGAUCCGCCCUUAGACGUGUCCACCUAAAGCGUCGUGGUCUUCGAUUUCAAUGUCUCUCUCCGAGCUGCGGCCGUGCAUCCUGCCUCUCGUGUAGCCUUCCCUGGCACGACCCUCACACAUGUUUUUCCUCCCAGCUCACAUCUCUUCGUCUCACACUCGAACGCGCUACCACAGACGCCGUAAAACGCACCUGUCCUCAGUGCAACCUAGGCUUCGUCAAGUCUGAAGGCUGUAACAAGCUUGUCUGUCUGUGCGGGUAUAGCAUGUGCUACAUCUGCCGACAAGGUCUUGCGAAUGAGGGAUAUCAACACUUUUGCGGACAUUUUCGUGAGAGACCUGGGCAGCCUUGCGGUGAGUGCAACAAAUGUGAUCUGUACCGUGUCGAGGAUGAGGAGAGAGUUGUCAAGAGAGCGAAAGAUAGGGCCGAGGCAGAGUGGUGGGAAGCGCAGGGCGAAGGUGCGAAAGAAGGGUUACAAAAAGAAGUUGAUAAGAACGAGGGCCACGUGGUGAAGGGGGUAGCAGGUCUAAAGAGGGGAAGUUGGGAGGGUUGGAUCGAAGGGUUGCUGGAUAGUGUCCUUGUCUAA